AUGGGAAUUGAGAAAAGAGCCAUGCAUGUUGAGCAAUACCAAUGGGCAUUGAGGAAGGAGUUAUAUGCACAGAAAGGAGCCACAGGUGUUCAGAAAGGAGCCACGGGCGUUGAGGAAGGAGCCAUUGGCGUUGAGGAAGGAGCCGUGGUCCGCCUCCUGAGCAAGAGGCAUUGGCUGCAGCCAGUCUGUGGUUCCCUGUGUUUUACGGCGACUUUCUUCAAGUUCCAGUUUCCCAGCGAAUUAGAAGCUGUCUGUGGCAAAUUCUUUCAAGAAGAGGAAGGAGACAUGAAGCCAUUCUCCGAGGACUUGUGGGAUAAUGCCCCAAGUCCGGAAAUCAUCAAUACAAUGAAUGAAGACUAUUACGAUGAACAUGAAUUUUACCUGACUGGCAAUGAUGCAAUUGGACACCCGGAUGCUGAUGACGCAGACUCUGGCCUAUCUACAGAUGAAAGGCACCCUAUUGAGAAUGUCAGGGAUGAAUACAUUCUAAUUCUAUAUGACAGUAUUCGCUAUGCCCAGACUCAUCAUGAAGAUCACAACCAGGCAUCGGAAGAUCUAGAGCAUGGUAUUAGCAUAGCCCUCCAUGUGAACGAAAACUCUGAAGGCAAUUUCACAGAUCUACAGCAAAGCCUUGCAACAGAGACAAACCCGUACUAUGAAAACAUAAAUCUUGACCAAUCCACAAGUGACAGAACUCCUAAUGAGAAUAUCAGUGAUGAAGAACUACACGAGUGUAUUCAGUAUUCUCAUACUCACCAUGAAGAUAACCAGGACUCCGGAGACAGUUUCACAAAUGGAGAUCUGAGCCCCGAAACUGAAAGAAACCUCAACUCUGAAGACAUAAAUGAAAGAAUCCCAACUAAUAAUUUAUGUGAAGUUCGUAAUGUACAUUCUCACCAUGAAGAUGAGGACCAGAAUGCAGAAAAUCCAGUGCAUGCUUCCAGUAUCAUAAAUGAUAUUCCUGGACAUUCAAGGGCCAAUAUUGACGAAACCGACAACUUAACAAUUGAAAAGCUCCAGGAAGGAACAAAUGAAGGGAGAAAAAGGAAACAUGAAUCAGAGGAAAUGAAUGGUGAGCCUUUUAAACGCCAGUGUAGAGAGAUUGUUCAGGCUGAAAGCUCUUGCACCGUUAGUUCUCCAAGUCAUUCCUCAGUCAGCGAAGAUACCUUCACCAACCUACAGUAAAAAAUAAAUUGCCUGAUGAUUUUAUCAUCAUCAUUGGACAAGUUCAGAGCGCAGAAUUUCCUGUUGCUUUCAUUUCUAAGCAGCUAGCAGACUUGUGCACUCGCCACCAAGUCUGACACGCUCCGCCCGCUCAUGCUCCACACCCUGUGAUCAAUCACAGGGUGUAGAGCAUGUACGUGCGGAACGUUUCAGACUUGGUGGCGGGGCCAUUGUUCUGCUAGCAAGGAAAUUCCAAGAGGUGUAACGACGAAAGGAGAGGGAUAGCGAAAGGGAGAGAUAGGAGGAGGGGGGAAAGGGAGAGGGAGGAUUCAAUUCAAAUACAAAACACUUUAUUUUUAUUUACCUGAUUUGUCCGAAUAAGCAACGGGGAAGCUCCCUGGCUGGCCCCCUGUGACCGGGAGGGCAGUCAGAUUUCCCUCUGACUGCGGGACCAUGAGAUGCCAUAGUUUGCUGAGCUGCUAGGCGGCUGCGGAGAGGAGGUAUAAACACGUUCACUAGUAUAGUAGUAUAAUAUUGUUACAUCUACAAUUUGAACUGGUGUCUUAUCUCUUUGGGGAGUGAUUGUAUGGGUGUGAGUGCCCAUAGGUAUGGCUGGAUGUUGGAGGCUGAAGUUGGAGAUUACGGCGUUCUACGACAUCCUUAGCCGACUAGGGAGCCUCCCGCCUCGGCUAAAGAUGUCGCCUCGCCGGAGACUGGACAAGUGAGGCCUUUCUUGCACGGGAAAGUGUGUACGCACAUACACACAUAAACGGACACACACACACACACACUCUCACGCGUACGCACAUGCACACGCAUACGCAUGCACACACGCACGCACACACACAGACACACUCACGCGCACGCACAUGCACACUCACGCAUGCACGCACACACACACAUACACACACACGCAUGCACGCACGCACACACACACACGCAUGCACGCACGCACGAUCACACACACGCAUACACGCAUGCAUGCACGCACGCACAUACACACAUGCACGCACACACUCCCACUCCCAGUGGGCCACUUUCCAGGCCGAGACGGGCUUGAAUCCUCCAACCUCCUUCUGGCGGUCACCUCGUUCUUAUUCGAAAUAACCGUUCUGAACUUGUCCAAUGAUUAUGAUACUCUUCCGUGGGUUGUUACCUUGACGAGGUGGAAGAGCUUGUGUACCUUAAGGAUUCUGAGAACUAAACCAUCGGUAACAAGUCUACAGGCAUCUGGGAUGAGAGUAGACGAGUGCUGGUAGGGUCACCCAUGAUGGGAAGGUCUCAGGAGAAAGGGCAGACGAAAACAAUCCGUGUUGUUUAGGAUAUAUGGGUAAUAUCUGGCCCUUUUUGUAUAAUUUGUCGUGAUAGUAUAGAUUUAUUUCGGAAUAUGUAUGUUUUUAUACAAAAAAAUAUAUUUUCUGUAACUUUUUAUUACUUUAUUUAUAAUAAAUUGUGCAUUAUAUAAUUUACUGUCAAACAUUAAAUGGUGAAUCAUGCA